GACUCCGAUGCACAGCAUCUCUCUCUUCAGAGGAAUAUUCGUUUUACUGCAUCUCUCACUCACUCUGUCUCUCCUGCUCUCUUUUCCUCUCUUCCCCCUCCUUUUCUUCUCUGCCACUGCUGGUAUCACACUCUCUCCACUUGUUUUCUACAACCUUUCUUCCCCUUCAGACGCCGAUCUCAAUCUCAAUCUUCCAUUUUCAUCCUCCCUCAUCUUCUUUUUCUCCCUCUUCCAGUCUUUCUCUGUUUAUACAGAGGAAUGCAGUAUGUGGAAGUCUGUGGCUCUUUUGCUGUUGAUACUUGCGACUCUGCUCCGGGUAUCAGUGCAGGGUCCUCAUCAGCGGUUUCUGCUCAGGGAGCUGCUCAGGGACUACAACCCCAUGGAGAGACCGGUGGCCAACGAUUCCCAGACUCUUACCGUUCAGUUCUCCUUCACUCUGAUGCAGGUCAUGGAUGUGGAUGAAAAGAACCAGAUUCUCACCACAAAUGCCUGGCUGCAGAUGCAGUGGUACGACCAUUACCUCCAGUGGAACCAGUCAGAGUACCCUGGAGUGAAAAACCUCCGGUUCACUUCUGACCAGGUCUGGACACCUGACAUAUUGCUUUACAACAGUGCUCAUGAUAAGUUUGAUGCCACGUUUAAGACCAAUGUGCUGGUUAACUCAAGUGGCUUCUGUGAGUAUCUGCCUCCAGGAAUAUUUCUCAGCACAUGUAAUGUGGAUGUGCGAUGGUUUCCAUUCGACAUCCAGCGUUGUGAACUGAAGUUUGGCUCGUGGACAUUUGAUGGUUGGCUGCUGGACAUCCAGAUGAAGGAGGCAGAUGUGUCAGGAUACAUGACCAAUGGAGAGUGGGACCUAGUGGAGGUCCCUGGAGGGCGUCAUGAAGUUUUCUAUGAAUGCUGUGCAGAGCCCUACCCUGAUGUUACCUUUGUGGUGACAUUAAGAAGAAGGACCUUGUUUUACGCUCUCAACCUCCUCAUACCCUGUGUGCUCCUCUCCACCAUGACCCUGGUGGUCUUCCUGCUCCCCGCCAACUCGGGGGAGAAGAUCAGCCUGGGCAUCACGGUUCUGCUUUCUCUGACAGUCUUCAUGCUGAUGGUUGCAGAGAUUAUGCCUGCCACUUCAGAUUCUGUACCCCUGAUAGGGCAGUACUUUGCCAGCACCAUGGUGAUCGUCGGGAUGUCAGUAGUGGCCACAGUCAUCGUACUUCAGUUCCAUCACCACAGCCCCAACAGUGGACACAUGCCACGUUGGGUGCACUUGGUUCUGCUGCAGUGGGUCCCAUGGUUCCUGCGGAUGAAGCGUCCAGGCGAGGGAGUGGAGCCGCCUCUUUCAAACUGCCAGGCAAACCCUCAGAGCAGAGCCCUGUCCUCUCCUACCACCACCACCACCACCACCACCAUCCCCACACCAGUGCCCCCCACCCACCCUCAGAGCCUCCACUCCCUGCAGGCUAGCCUGGCUCAGCUCAACCACCCUCUGUCAUACCCACCGCCCCACCGGCCCAACUCUCAGGCUGUCAUUUUCCCUAAUCCCAUCCACAGAGAUCCCGGCCCCAAUCCACAUCCACAGCCCAAUGGCCAUCUGCUUUACAUGGGCUUCCAGACCUUCCAGACCACUGCAGAACUGGAGCCAGUUCCGUGGAGCAGAACCACCAGUCACGGGAGGGGUAACAGUGGACUAGGUGGAGGGGAAGGAGAGGGAGCAGCGUGCAGACCAGCUGGAGAUACAUCUACCCAUCACCACCUCCAAUCUUCCAAGUUUGAAAGCCCCCAACAUGAAACUCCACUCUCCCCAGACCCUGACCCUUCAGCCAGAUCCUCUGGACCCUGCGGCCUAGGGGCUGAGGCCGGAGCAGGGACAUCAGCCACUACACUUACCCACAGCGGUGUGACUCACUCUGUGGCAGUAGAAAACCAGCUGCAGGCUCUUCUGGUGGAGGUGCAGUUUUUGGUCGAACGCGUCAAGGAGCAGGACCGGCAGCUCAGUUUGGCAGAGCAGUGGCAGUUUGCUGCAGCUGUCAUCGAUCGUCUGUGCCUGAUGGGAUUCAGCGUUUUCAACGUUAUCUGUACCAUCGCUAUUCUCAUGGCUGCACCCAACUUUGGGGAAGCACUAUCAAAAGACUUCAUCUGACAGACCAAAAACAGAGAGAGUGGGAGACUUUAAGGCAUAAUGCAGAUAAGUAUUUGUUGGAAGCACAAUUGCUGUCAAGGACAAUGGUACAGAAAACAGCAAAUAUUUCUUAUUCGUUAAGCUGUGGUAGAUUGUGGCACAUGUGGAGUGGACUUCAGAAACAUUAUGACUCGAUUUU